AUGGCGGCGGCGGCGGCGGAGGAGGCGCGGCUGCUGGCCUGGCUGCGCGGCCCGGCGGCGCCCGGCGGCCCCGAGCUCGCCGCUUAUGUGUCGGAGCUGGCGGCGCUGGGGCUGGCGGAGCUGGGCCGGGAGCCGGCGCGGUUGGCGGCGGAGCGGGAGCGGGUCGGGGCUGAGACGCGCCGCCUCGCCUUCGAGCACUACCGAGCCUUCAUCCGCUCCGCCGAGUGCACCGGCCGCGCCGGCCGCGGCUUCGGCGGCAUCGAGAGCCGCCUCGGCAGCCUGCUGGAGCGGCUGCCCGCGCUGCAGGAGGCCUGCCGGACCUUCAUGCGCGAUGCCGAGGCCAUCGCCUGCAGCCGGCGCAUGAACAGCCUGACGCUGAACCGGCACACGGAGAUCCUGGAGAUCCUGGAGAUCCCGCAGCUCAUGGACACCUGUGUGCGGAACGGCUACUACGAGGAGGCGCUGGAGCUCACGGCCUACGUGCGCAGGCUGGAGAGGAAGCACAGCAGCAUCCCCGUUAUCCAGGGCAUCGUGGACGAGGUGCGCCAGUCGGCGCAGCUGAUGCUGAACCAGCUGAUCCAGCAGCUGCGCACCAACAUCGCGCUGCCCGCCUGCCUGCGCGUCAUCGGCUUCCUGCGCCGCAUGGACGUGCUCACCGAGGCCGAGCUGCGCGUCAAGUUCCUGCAGGCGCGGGACGCCUGGCUGCGCUCCAUGCAGGCCUCCAUCCCCGACCACGACCCCUACGUGCACAUCACCAAGACCAUCGAGGCGUGCCGCGUGCACCUGUUCGACAUCGUCACCCAGUACCGCGCCAUCUUCUCGGACGAGGAGCCGCUGGUGCCGGCCGAGGCGGCGGCGCCGGGCGAGGGGGCCAUCUUCCACAGCUGGGUGCUGCAGAAGGUCUCCGAGUUCCUGCGCACCCUGCGGCGCGACCUGGAGCGCGGCGUGGGCGGCCGGCUGGACUCGCUGCUGGGGCAGUGCAUGUACUUCGGGCUGUCCUUCAGCAGGGUGGGCGUGGAUUUCCGCGGGCAGCUGGCCCCCCUCUUCCAGCGCGUGGCCGCCGACGCCUUCAGCAAGGCGGUGGAGGAGGCGGUGGAGAAAUUCCGGGAGGAGAUGAAUUCCUACACGCUGAUCUCGGCCCCGGCCGUGCUGGGCGGCGGGGCAGGAGUGCCGGUGCCCACAGCCCAGCCUGGGACGCUGCAGCCCCCCAUGGUGCUGCUGGACUUCCCACCCCUUGCCUGCUUCCUCAACGGGCUCCUCGUGGCCUUCAAUGACCUGCGGCUGUGCUGCCCCAUCGCCCUGGCACAGGACGUCACCGCCUGCCUGGACAGUGCCCUUGGUGAGGUGACCAAAACCAUCCUGGCCUUCCACCGUGCUGAGGAGGCGGCUUUCAGUGGGCGGGAGCAGGAGCUCUUUACCCAGUUUUGCACAGCCUUCCUGGAGGACCUGCUGCCUUACCUGAACCGCUGCCUCCAGGUGCUUUUCCCUCCAGCACAGCUUGCACAGGCACUGGGUGUCCCCCCCACGCAGCUGCAACGUUUCGGCCGCCUGGGCCGCAUCGACGUGGCCGCUCUCAGGGAGCCGCUGGCUUUCCUCCUUCCGCCGGCACCGAGCGAGGAAGAGCCGCCCACGGAGACUGUCCCGGACCCGGAGAGGGAACACGCGGCCUUGCCCACCGUGCCUACCGAGCCCGCGGAGAGCCCCUCUGGGGAGGCUGCGCUGCCGGGUGCCCCGGAGCCCACGGGGUAGCGGGGCUGCGCUGCCGGGUGCCCACGGGGUAGCGGGGCUGCCGUUGCCCGCCCGUGUCCCUGCGGGAGCGGCCCGGGGCCGCCAGGGGGCGCUGCGGCGGCGCGGGCGCGGGUGCGCGCGCACGCGGUGCGCCAUGGCGGCGGCGGCGGCGGCGGGACGGGCCCUGCCGGGACGGGCCCUACCGAGACGGGCCCUGCCGCUGCUCCCGGCCCGCGCCUGCGGAGACGCGGCGGGCUGGGACCGGCGGGAGCGCUCCUACUGGCGGGCGCUGCGGCGCCGUGUGCUGGGCCCGCCCGUGCCGCCGUUCGCCGCCCCGGUGCAGGUGGGAGCCCCGGUGCUGCGCGGCGCCGCCGCCGCCGUGUCCCCGGAGCAGCUGGGCGGCCCCGAGCUGCGGCGGCUGGCGGCGGCGCUGGCGGCCGGGCUGCGGAGCCGGCCGUGCCUGGGGCUGAGCGCUCCGCAGCUCGGGGUGCCGCUCAGGGUGUUCGCCGCCGAGCUGCCGCCCGCCCGCUGCGCCCGGUACCCGCCGGCGCUGCGCCAAGCGCACCGCAUCGAGCCCUUCCCGCUCCGCGUCCUCGUCAACCCCGCCAUCCGCGUCCUCGACACCCGCCUCGUCACCGGCCCCGAGGGCUGCGCCAGCGUCCACGGCUUCUCCGCCUACGUCCCGCGGCACUGGGCCGUCCAUGUCACCGGUCCCCUCUCUCACACAGUCACCCCGUUCUCUCACAUCUCCCCCAACUCUCACACGGGUCCCCCCUUUUUCCGCGAAUCUCCCCCCAACCCACCGCUACGGGCGCAGGCGUGGACGAGCUGGGGGUGCCGGUGAGCUGGGAGGCAUCGGGCUGGGCCGCCCGGAUCAUCCAGCACGAGAUGGACCACCUGGAUGGGAUCCUCUACAUCGACCGCAUGGACCCCCGCACCUUCACCAACGUGGGCUGGAUGGAGCUGCUGGACUGAGCCUGGGCAAGAACCAGCGCGGCUCUGGGGGCUCCCACUCUGCUUUAUUGCAGCCAAUACACACCUGUGGCCUCA